CUAUCAGCAUGUCUGAGAACAACUUAGAAUUAGAAGAGAUUGACCCCAGCGUGGAAUUUUUGUAUAGAACAAUGUUACAAAGAGAUCCAAAGAAACGAAGAGUAAAACCAGUGCAACGUCAUCUCAUCCAGGUUGACUUUGGAGGAGGAGACGAUAGUGAUGAUGAUAGUGACUUUGAUGUAGAAAAACAUCACAAAGGAUCAGAUGAUUCUGAUGCUGCAGAGUUAAGUGAGAAGGAAGACUGCAAUGACGACAAUGAAGAAGAUGAUAGCGAUGAAGACGAUGAUAGUGAUUCGUCUAGUGAAGAAGAAGAGGAAUAUUCCAAGGAACAGAAACACACUACAGAAAGAAAUGAGAUGGAGAACAUGAUGACCCAGUCUGGCGGUGAUAUUAAACAGGAAGGUGUUCCUAACACCAAUGGAAAUGGUGUGGUAGAGUCCAGCAGUAUGGCCACCACCAGUGUGUUUCCGAUGUAUCGACACAAACAGAUCCGUGUAACCAUCUGUUGCGUUUGUCUCGGAGAUAUAAGUGAGGAAGAUGAUGAGAUUGUGGAAUGUGAUAACUGUGGAGUAUCUGUCCACGAAGGUUGCUAUGGUAUCAGUGAGAACCAAUCAAAUGCGAGUACAGAAUCAUCAGCGAGUACAGAACCCUGGUUUUGUGAUGCCUGUAAAGCUGACUGUAAACCAACAUGUGAACUUUGUCCAAAUCCUGGUGGGAUAUUCAAAGAAACAGAUGCUGGGAAGUGGGUUCAUCUGGUCUGUGCACUGUACACUCCGGGUGUGGCCUUUGGAGAUGUGGACAAACUCAGCCCUGUUACUUUGUUUGAAAUGCCCUACUCUAGGUGGGGUGCAAGGGAAUGUUCGUUGUGUGAGGACGCACGGUUCAGCAGAACAGGGGUGUGCAUCAGCUGUGACGCGGGCAUGUGUAGGACUUACUUCCAUGUCACAUGUGCCCAGAAGGAAGGAUUGCUGUCUGAGGCUGCUCCAGAGGAGUGCAUGGAUAUUGCUGAUCCUUUCUUUGCUUACUGUAAGAUGCAUGCUGAUAAAAUGAUGGCACGUGCCAAACGUAGAAAUUGGUUGGCGAUACAGUCACAUAUCAAGAAACAUACUGAGAAAGUAAUAGAAGAUGAGAAGGAAAAGACACGAUUCGACAGAAAGCUGAACAGACAUAGACAAAAAUACAGAAUAUCUAAGUUCAAGCGGCCGCCAUCAUGGGUUCCAACACAGAAGUUGGUGAGGUACCUAACAUCCAGUCCAUCCUGUGUGAAGAAGAUGUUGAGGAAGGCCGAGCUAAUGGGCAUUAUUACUCAGGUACAACAUGUCGCAGAGGAAAAACAAGAGAUGAGGAAAAAGACGCAUAUAUCUCCAGCCUUGUCAGUCGAAUUCAUCAGUUACUACCUUGAGAGGAAUAGCAAGAUUGAAAACAUCAAAAGGAACAUAGCAGAGAAUGUAACUCAGAAUAAUGCAUUACAGAAACAAGAGAAUGUUUUACGUCUACAGUAUGAUCAGCUGCUUGCCGAUGUGGACAGACUAAAGGACCAUUCACAGAGACUAAAAGUAGAGGGAGGAAACAUGUACAACAUGCUUACUGACAUGACAAUAAAGCCUCUCACUAUGCCUGAGAUGUUUAACACCAAGCGGGCCCCAGUCAAGACCCCAACCAGGCAGGAUAGUGUCCCCUGUGCUUCACCUCCUGCCAUCAUCAACCAGUGUGCUGUAUGUAAGCAGUCCUGUAACCCACACCUGCUGGUCAGGUGUGACCUAUGUAAGAAGUACUACCACCUGGGCUGUCUAGAACCACCACUCACUCGUAUGCCAAAGAAGACCAAGCUGAUGGGCUGGCAAUGUUCAGAAUGUGAUAACUCCAGUAGUGGUCCCGAGGAGGGAAGUACAGAGGAUAUGAAUGCUCCACGCCGCCUCAGAGAGAAAAUCAAAGAACCAUUCAAAUGGUCACCUGACCUCAAAUAUGAAUUUGAAAAGUUACCAUCAAAGUAUAGCAUGAAGGGAGGGGCCAAGAAAGGAAGGCAGAAGAAAAGAGUAAAUAAGGAGGAUAUUCCAGCUGUGGACAGUCCAUCCACUGGUAAAGUGGAUACAUCAGACACUCCAGGCACAAAGGCUGAACCAGCACCAGAUACAUCAUUCAAGCUUAGUCAGCCCCCACCAGCCAAGAAACAGAGAGGAGGAAAAGAGGAACAGUUUCGUGAAGAGUUGAUGUGUGCAGUGUGUAAUGGUUUGGGAGAUUACACCAACACAGUUAGCUGUGACGAGUGUAAGCUUAGUUACCAUUUUGGAUGCUUGGAUCCACCGGCCAAAAAGUCACCCAAACAGCGUGGAUACUCCUGGCACUGUGAAGCGUGUGACCCCACAGAUCAUUCGGAUGAAGAGGAAGAGGAAAUGGAUGAUGACAGUGCCGUCAAAAAUGAUGAGAAAUGAUGGAAAAUUAAUGUGGUGCUUUAUGUGAUUCAAAAAGCCAAUGACAAUUUAUCUUUUUAAACAUUAAACAAAUCCUUCUUAACUGAAUGAGAUUUAGGUGCUUUGAAAUGUAAACAUUUUGAAAGAGUUAAAAUUCUCUUCACAUCACCGCUUAAUUUUGCUUAUCUAAAUCAGACUUAUGUUACACGGGUGUGCAUAUUCUUAUUUCAAGGUGAAUGAUAUAUGGGUGUGCAUAUUCUUAUUUCAAGGUGAAUGAUAGACAGGUGGGCAUGUUCUUAUUUCAAGAUGAAUGAUAGACAGGUGUGCAUAUUCUUAUUUCAAGGUGAAUGAUAUACGGGUGUGCAUAUUCUUAUUUCAAGGUGAAUGAUACACAGGUGUUUGUUUUCUUAUUUCAAUAUGAAUGAUACAUAGGUGUGCGUAUUGUUAUUUCAAGGUGAAUGAUACACGGGUGUACAGAUUCUUAUUACAAGGUGAAUGAGUUGUGCUGUCAUUUGUUCAAUAUCUACAUGUCAAAAUUUCAGCUAUCUCUGAUCUUCAGAGUUAAAUGAAUAAUUUAAUCUUUAAAACCUAUUCAGGAAAAAAUUGCUUUAAAAUGUUAAGAAGUUCUGACUUGAAAUUCAAAUUCUUUGAGAACCAUAACAGUAUUGUACCCUUAGACAUAUGCUAAACAUCAUUUUGAAGAUACCUUUAACAUGUCCACAAAGUGUUAAGGUUAGUUAAUGUAGAUUAAUUUAGCUACUUGUAUAUUAUCCCCUAAAUCAAUUAUCCAUGAAUAAGUGAUUUUUUAGAGGGAAAAAAAGUGCCCACAAAAAGAUAUGAUUUUACAGUAAGAUAGUUCAGAAACUACCACCCACUCUGUCCUACCUCUCAGUCCCAUUUCUUUUUUGUUUUACCACUGAUCAUCCUGCCUCAAAAUAUAUUAAAACAAUUUUUGUUUGAGAAUAUAUGAAACGUUGUGCAAUUAUCAUUUUCUAAAAUCCCAAUAUUACACAGGGCAUUUAUUUUAUGAAACAAUAUGGUUCUGAUGUACAGAAGAAUUAUAUGCUUAUCAGGUCAGUAAAUUGUACAAUGUUGUAGAAUGUUUGAUCCAUGUAACAGAUUAUAGGUGUAUAUGCCAGUUGCUAAAAAUUAAUCUUGAUCAAGUGUUCAGUUAUUGAUGUUGUAUUCCUGAAUUAUACAUGAAAAAGCAAUUAUGUCAUGUUGAAACAAGACUGUUUGGUUUUCUUUUUAUUAUUAUUAUUGUACUUGCUCGUUACCUGCUGUAUAUAUUACUUGUGCAAUAAAUAUUAAUAAUUGUGAA